AUGGAUAUUCUUACUCCAAUCGAUGUACCGCGAAUUGUGCAAUCCUUUUUCGCUCUUGAGGGAGCCAUUAACCAUGAUGGACACGCUGAGCCUUUGUUAGCAGUACAGGUGGCCGAGUUAUUGGACGGGAUUUUCGUGGGGUGUAGUUCUAACCAUGUUGUAGGUGAUGGAACUUAUUGGAAAUUCUUCAACUCAUUUGCGGAAGUCAGUCGGAAACUAAGAAAAACUAGCAAAGCAGCAAGGGAUUAUCAUCAUUUCGAUUGCAGUAUCUCUCAUCCACCUAUAACCAAACUCUUGUAUUUGGCGGGUCAUGGAGAUAUUCCCCUUAUCAACCUUCCAUUUUCCCACCACGGAGAAUUCUUUUCCCGGUGUACACAACCACCUCUCAGGGAAAGAAUGUUCUAUUUCACAGCAGAAUCAAUAGCAAAGAUCAAAUCUAAAGCCAAUGAAGAAUGUAACGCGAAACGUAUUCAAAUAUCUUCCUUUAAAGCUUUAAGUGCUCAUUUAGCAUCUGGUCAUGAUCCAGUGGUGAAUAGCCGGAGUACUGAAGGAACCGAUAGUGCUUGCACAAUAAUGUUUGGAACUACUACUUCAGGGGAGCUAAUAAAUAACGGUAUUGGAUGGGCAACCUUGCUUUUGCCAGAGGCCAUAAAAGAGCACACUGAUGAGAAGAUUCGAGGAUCGAUAGAGGAAUGGAUGAAGACACCACAUAUAUUUCAGUUGGCACGGGUUAUGGAUGACUCUAGUAUGCUGAUGGGAAGUUCGCUUAGGUUUGAUGUGUAUGGUUGUGAUUUUGGGUUGGGUAAGGCUCUGGCUGCACGCAGUGGAUAUGCUAAUAAGUUGGAAGGGAUGGUGUCAUCAUAUAUAGGUCUAACAGGGACAGGGAGCGUGAUGCUUGAGGUUUGUCUUCCACCUGAAUCAAUGACAAUACUUGAAUCUGAUAAGGAGUUUAUGGAUGUUGCAUCUCCGCAUGAUAUUCAUUCCUUCCACCUUGCUUGUGUUUGA